CUUUAAGGAGGCGCCGGGGUGGGGACGGGCCAGCGCCGCCGGCGGGCCGGCGGGCCAGCCGCCGUCAGUCCGGCCGGAGCAUGGAGGAGGCGACCUGAGGCCGGAGCCUGGGCUGGAGCGUGCGGUCUGACCCACAGGAAACAUGGCAACCAGCGCCGUCCCCAGCGACAACCUGCCCACCUACAAGCUGGUGGUGGUGGGGGAUGGGGGCGUGGGCAAGAGUGCCCUCACCAUCCAGUUCUUCCAGAAGAUCUUUGUGCCUGACUACGACCCCACCAUCGAAGACUCCUACCUGAAACACACAGAGAUUGACAAUCAGUGGGCCAUCUUGGACGUUCUGGACACGGCCGGGCAGGAGGAGUUCAGUGCCAUGCGGGAGCAGUACAUGCGCACGGGGGACGGCUUCCUCAUCGUCUUCUCAGUCACGGACAAGGCCAGCUUCGAGCACGUGGACCGCUUCCACCAGCUCAUCCUGCGCGUCAAGGACAGGGAGUCAUUCCCGAUGAUCCUCGUGGCCAACAAGGUCGAUUUGAUGCAUUUGAGGAAAAUCACCAGGGAGCAAGGAAAAGAAAUGGCGACCAAACACAAUAUCCCAUACAUAGAAACCAGUGCCAAGGACCCACCUCUCAACGUGGACAAAGCCUUCCAUGACCUGGUCAGAGUAAUCAGGCAACAGAUUCCAGAAAAGAGCCAGAAGAAGAAGAAGAAAACCAAAUGGCGAGGAGACCGGGCCACUGGUACCCACAAACUUCAGUGUGUGAUAUUGUGAUGGGCCUGGGGCCCUGGGCACAGUCACCAUGAACUGGCCAGCCCUCGGGACCCCUGCACUGCCUAACCUCACCGGGAACUGUUUCUAACCAUGACCCUUGACCCGAGGACUGGGCGCAGGAAGGGAGACAGGGAGGGUGGGCAGGGAGGAAAGGGGGUCCGGCUUCCUCAAAAGGGCACAGGCUUCGUGUCUCAGAAGACACAGCAUCCGAGCCCCACGUGUGAUUCAGCCGGUUCCUCCCGUCUCCUGGCGGCUGUGUUGUUCCUUUGAACUGCGUAGCGUCGGUUCGAGGUGGAAGUUUACCCACCACGGACAGAGUACGAAACAAGCCAUGACCCAGCUCCCCGCUUGUCUCCAGUCCUCGGUGUCUGAGCUUGGGCGUCUUUUGUAGGUUUUUAAAUUAUUUUCGUGCUGACUGUUGUCUCGAGGGCGCCCGUGCCCACUGUCUGGUGGAGUUUCGGCUCUUCAGCAGAUCCCGCUGACAACACGUCCGGAACAUCGUGGCGGUUUUUCACUGAGUUUUCCCGGCAGUGCCAAACUCACCUCACUAUGAGGGACAGAGACUGGGGGACCGGAGUGACUGGGGCCCGAAGCUGGAGGCCUCGGGGGCAGCAGACCCUGCUCGUGGCCGGAGAAUGGGAGCGAUGAGAGCUGUGUCUAACAGAUAGCAGGAAACGGAACCGCGUUUUGCUGAGGGGAGAGGCUGGCGCGAGCUUACCAGUUCUGCAAGGUGUUCCGUUAUCCUGGAGAUGUAGAGACUCGAGUGCACGGAUCUGCCCAAGUGUCCGUGUCUCUCCCGGUCGGCGUGGGCUCCGUCUGUCCUUCCCGCCCGUGACCGAGCUCCCCGCCGGCCUGUGCUGCCCACACCUCUCAUCACAGACACACUGACAAGGCCUGCAUGCGUCUCCACACCACAGGGCGCUCAGGGGGCGCCCUCCGGGGAUUCUGGUUUGGGCUGAACCUUAAGCGGAAGUGAUCCAAUACCGUUGUUACCUAAACAGCACCAAGACCCGAAACCGUGUUCCCUCUGCGUCAGCCGACGACCACUCGGAAGGAAGCCCAGU